GCUUCGCCCGCUUCACUGAGGCGUGGCCGGAGAGCUCCCGCUUUUUGCGCAGCCAUGGGCGCCUGCCUCUCGAUUGCUGGCCCGCUGCCUCAACAGCGCGCCCUCUUCUUCCCGGACCGCGCAAUGCCUUGUCGGCAGGCGCUCAAGGGACAGCCCUGCAGGAGAAAACACUGCACGUACGAGCACGACGCCUCCCGUUCGUCGCUGAUGCAGCUGCUCGCGGUGAUUGGCGACGCGACGACGACGCUGGACGUCUGCGUCUUCACCAUAACGUGCAACGAGCUCGCCGACGCAAUCAUCGCGGCUGCGAAGCGCAAGGUGCGAGUGCGGGUCAUCACAGACGACAUACAAGCUACCAGCCAGGGCUCGGACGUGUCCGAACUAGCCCGAACCCCGGGCGUGACGCUGCGUACGGAUCACCAGAAGGAGGCGCACAUGCACCACAAGUUUGCGCUGGUCGACGGCACAACUUUGGUCAACGGCAGCUUCAACUGGACGCGGGCGGCAGUGCUUACGAACUACGAGAAUGUGGCCAUCACGAGCGGUGCGCCGGGCCUCAUCGGAGAGUAUACUCGCGAGUUUGAGAGGUUGUGGAGGGCGUUUGCAUGAUUCGGCGGACGUGGGAUCUGUCCUAAAUCUGUCGACGCGCGACUGACAGAGAUUCGAUUCGUCGUAAUCAUAGUCUCAGAGGGAGCGAUUCUAAGAUCAGGCCUGCCACUGGGCGACCAUCGGCCGUCCCUCAGUGCUUCCAGCCUGCCCGCUUGAGUUUCCUCAAUUGGCUCGAAUUUUGCUUAGUAGAAAGAAGAAGCGC